UGCCUCAGCUGGGCAGGAAGCAGAGGACCCGGCUUGGCUGGGGGGCAGUGGGCAGGGCACCCUGGGGUGCUCCAGCCAGCCCUGGAUCCUGCCUCCAGGCUCUAUGUAGGGUAUCUGCCGGCCCACACCCCUCUCUUGAGUCAAUCACAGAAAGAACAGGGCAGAAGCCAAGAGAGAAAAAGGAGGGGGCUUGGCAUAUCUGGUCAGGGGAGGGGAGGGACCCUGCCGGCCUGGGGCCUGUAAGCAAUACAGAUAACAACUUCUCUACACUGGGGCCAGCAGCCCGAUCCCUAAAGGGCUGGGUAGACUCAACAUCCCAAGAGAUGAACACAUAAGCUCUGACUCCUGCAGAAAGACAACUAGCACUGGUAGAGGCAGGAAGAGGCUGGGACACGCCGGUCCAGCUUUACCAAGCACAGUCCUGCCAAUGACAAUGGACAUGGAAUAGACCAGAGCCAGGCACGAAAGGCAAGAGGAUUCACCACAGCCUCGCGGAGAAUGCUGGGAUCUCAAGCUUCCCUGUCCCCAUGGACUCCGCCCCACUGAGGCCAGCCAGGUGGGAGGCAGCUUCAGAGGACUUUAGUGACAUUCACAGGGGCUGGCACGUCCCCCAGCUCAGAGCCUGGCACGGACCCUCGCCUUACCCUUUUGGGAGGCAGCAUCUGGGCCUGAGCAAAGGCUGAGAACCAGCCCUGCCCAGACGAGGGCCAUCCGCCGCCCCUUGAGGCUGUCCCGGUCCCCUGGAAGAGCGUGGGCCCCUGCAAAAGCUACAGGGAGUCCCCAAGAGGCCUGGUAGAGGACCCCACAGGGGAGGAGGCCCAAGGUGAGGAGGGCCCUGCGGCUGCCCCGCUGGACAUGUUGAGGCUUCGAAGCUCUUCCAUGGAGAUCCGCGAGAAGGGCUCCGAGUUCCUGAAGGAGGAGCUGCACAAAGCCCAGAAGGAGCUGAAGCUGAAGGACGAGGAGUGUGAGCGGUUGUCCAGGGUGCGGGAGCAGCUGGAGCGCGAGCUGGAGGAGCUGACGGCCAGCCUGUUCGAGGAAGCCCACAGGAUGGUGCGGGAAGCCAACACGAAGCAAGCGGCGUCGGAAAAGCAGCUGGAGGAGGCUCGGGGCAAGAUCGACAUGCUGCAGGCAGAGGUGACAGCCUUGAAGACACUGGUCCUCACGUCCACGCCGGCCUCUCCCAACCGCGAGCUCCACCCACAGCUGCUGAGCCCCACCAAAGCCGGGCCCCGCAAGGGCCACUCACGUCACAAGAGCACGAGCAGCACCCCCUGCCCCCCUGUGUGCCCCGCUGCUGGACACACCCUCACCCCGGACAAGGAGGGCAAAGAGCCCGGGCUGGCCCCCCUCCUCUCCCUGCUCCUCUGCGUGGUCCCCAGCAAGGCCGUUCACCUCACCUACGAGCCGGCUUGGCAGCUUCUGCCCGGGGGGCCGCCCACGGCCCCCUCCUCCACCUCUGCUACCUCUCUCUCCUUUUCCCGACAGGUGGACACUACCCUGUUCGCAGAGUUCCAGGCCUGGAGGGCAUCCCCCACCUUGGACAAGAACUGCCCCUUCCUGGAAAGGGUGUACCGGGAGGAUGUGGGCCCCUGCCUGGACUUCACCACGCAGGAGCUCUCAGCGCUGGUGAGGGCCGCCGUGGAGGACAACACGCUCACCAUCGAGCCCGUGGCUUCGCAGAUGCCGCCCGGCGUGAAGGUGGCGGCGGCUGAGUGUGGCAGCGCCAACACCUGCGCCCUGAGCGGGCUGGCUCGUGCCUGUCGCCACCGAAUCCGGCUUGGGGACUCAGAGAGCCACUACUACAUCUCGCCGUCCUCCCGGGCCAGGAUCACGGCCGUGUGCAACUUCUUCACUUACAUCCGCUACAUCCAGCAGGGCCUGGUGAGGCAGGAAGCGGAGCCGAUGUUCUGGGAGAUCACGAGGUUACGGAAGGAGAUGUCGCUGGCCAAGCUUGGCUUCUUUCCCCAGGAAGCCUAGGACACGGCCAGGGCUUGCAGGGGGCUCUGAGCCGCAGCCAGCACCCGCCCCAGCAGAGACAGACAGGAAGACAGGGUCCUGGAGCCAGCCCUGAGCCAGAAACCGAGCAGACGGACAGAUGGCCAGGCCACGGAGGCCUUGCUGAGCUGGUACUAAAUGUUCAUCCUGGGACAGACGGGACCUCAUGAGCUGACCCUUCACCCUUCCCCAGUUGUCCGACAGCCACCAGGAGACUUUCAAGAAAGCACCAAAGACCAAGGAGCUUGGACCCACACUCAGGGGCUCAGCACCCUCCCCUUUGCAGUCCUGGGAGCUGCUGUUUGCAGUCACCUUGUUGCUGCAAUGUCCUCAGAAAAGGAUCUCGGCUGGGUGGCCUGACCUCCAGGGUAUCCCCCACCUCAGUUCCCAAGCCCUGGGCCACCAGCACCCCCUCGUGGCCAAUCUGCCCCAUUCCCGUGGGGGCAGUGCGGCUACAAGAAUCUGUCAGAGACUUGUACACCAUCUGCUUGAGAACUACCCAGAACUGUUCUUAAGAUGGGUUAGGGCCCCUCCUCCCACCCUUGCACUUGACCUUCCCCCUCCUCCAUCUGAGCCUUGUGCUCCAGGAGGCCCUGCCCCCACCACUGGGAGGAUUAGGAUUCUUUUCUCCCGAAGUAAAACACAGACAGGGCCUCAGGACACCUGUGUCUGUGUUCAGCUGUGGGUGGCCGUUCAGACGUGGGGUUGAGGUCACCAAGCCCUGUACACAGGACUGGGGGAGGGUGGGCAGGACGCAGGCCCCUUCUCGCCCCUCACAGCCCACUCAGGACCGGGGUCCAACCUGGACACAUCCCUCACCAUGGCCAAUUUCCUUUUUCGAAUGGAAUGUAACACGAUCUCUAUUUAAUAAAGGAAGCCUUUGUUGGUA